AUCGAGCCCGACUCGUUUAUCGCAGAAAGCCGCGGAACAUUCUGCACUCGACUGUCGCGCGAACAAGACGUCGACGAAGAGAAGGCCUUGCAAACGAAACGUACGAGAUUUACGAGGUCUCCUAGUUUUACGUGUAGUGAAGUGGAUUUUUUAUUUAUUAUUGGAUUUUCCUGCUGUGUGGUGGAUUUGGAUUGUUCGACUGGUUUUCCAAACCUUUAAAAUGAUCAGGCACCUCCUCAUCACUCUCGUCUUGUUGAUGAUCUGCAUAUCCAUAACAGAAGGAAAAUCUUCAUCAUCCCCGACAAAAAACCACGAGUUGAUGAAGAGUUUAGGACUUAAAAGAGUCAGGGGUCCCAAUAGUCACCAUAGAAAAAGAUUGGCUGUCGAAUCAAGGCAUCACAGUCGUUCGGAUGACUCCCACAUGUUCAUAAUAAAACUACCUCCAAAUCCACACUACUACGCCCACAACAUGCCCAAUGCCGUCGAGCAAAUGCACAGCAAAAACGUACCGGUUGGUUUUAAGAGUAACGGCAAACCUGCCAAAGUCUACCAUUGGAAUCUACCGGUGGUGAAAAAAAUCACAUCGGUGAAGCACAAGAAGAGAUACGAGAAUUCGAACAGUCUCGACUACCAUAACCUCGACAACUGGAACGAAGUGCUGGAAAAGAACGAACCGGAAAGAAAACCGAUCAAACCCUCAUACUACAUACCGGUUAAACCGAAAAAGUCUAACGUAAUGAAGUACUUCGCCGGAAACGGAAAACCCCACUCCUUUUACGUCAUUGAGAAAAGCAAAAAAGCGCAUUACCAUCGACUGCUGCCGUAGAACAACCCGCGAACUUUACAAAGACUCGUGCAAUACAACACAGUUUUUUAUUGAUUUUAGACUGAAACUAUUAAGC